AUGAACUCGGUGAUACAAUUGCAAGAGAGUGAAACACAUAAAAAUAUCUAUCCAUCAUCAUUAGAUGAUGAUAAACAACAAAUACUUCAAUCAUGUUCAUCAUCUUCCUCUGAACAUAAUGAUUCCAUUAAAGAAAUACUAUCAAAUCAUCGAAAAAUUCUUUUUGAUAAAGUACUUGGUGAAAUGUUAACACGACAUUUUUAUUUAAUUCAACAUGAAUUUUCAUCAUCAGAUCGAUUUGAAGGUUGGAUUUAUAUAUAUAAUCGUCAUCGAUAUAAAAUCAUAAUUAGUUAUCAUUCAUCAUGUUCACGUAAAAAAAAGGCGACCUCAAGAUUCACAAUGAGUGUAACAAAUAAUUUUAAACGAAAAACAUUUGCUGGCCAAAGCUCACCAAUGGCACAAUCAAACGGUACACAAAUCAAACGACCAAAACGGUAUGAUAAUCUUAAUAUUCUUUAUGCACAUAAGAAGAAAAUAAACCUUCAUUGUAUUUUGACAUACCGAAAAGAUGUUUGAUUUUGUAAAAAGAAAUUUUAAAUAACUAUGCAAAUGAAUUCUGAGAUAUUGGCUGACAAGAAUUUUGUAAUUAUCAUUGAAUUUU